CCGUUUUAUGAUUCGAAAGAAGCGUUACCCUUAACAGUUACCUCUGCCAGGCCAUUCCUGUAAUAAUCCAAAGAACAGCACAGACUUAUUGCUCUAUAUAUCAAAAUGAUUGAUUAGUCUCCUAGUUAUCUCCACUCUUCAUCUUUAAAAUCCAUUUCCUUGUUCUUGUUCUCGUCUUUCAAUAUAUUAUUAUACAUACCCAUUUCACUAAUUGCAGGAAAACUGAGAAAGAAUGUCUGUAAUGGAGAUGGACAAAGAUGAAAAGAAGACAACCCAAGAGGUUAAACUUAAAAGGAAAAAGGGUGGCCUCAGGACCUUGCCCUUUAUUAUAUCAAAUGAGACGUUUGAAAGGGUUGCAUCGGUUGGGCUUCAAGCAAAUAUGAUAUCGUACUUGCAAAACGAUUAUAACUUGACAAGUGCUACUGGAGCUACUGUGUUGUUUCUGUGGGGUGCAAUUUCACAUUUCACACCUAUCUUUGGAGCUUUCUUUUCUGAUUCUUAUUUGGGUCGAUUUCGUGUCAUCUUGCUUGGAACAAUCGUCAGCCUUAUCGGGAUGAUUCUUCUAUGGCUAACAGCAAUUAUUCCAAGCGCAAGGCCUCCACAUUGUGACCAAAAGCAUGGAAAUUUACAAGGCUGUGCAAGCCCAAAUGCAGCUCAAAUGGUGUUUCUACUUUCCGCAUUUGCUAUAAUGGCGAUAGGUGCUGGAGGGGUUAGGCCUUGUUCUUUAGCAUUUGGUGCAGAUCAAUUCGACAAACCUGAAAACCCCAAAAAUGAAAAGACUUUACAGAGUUUUUUCAACUGGUAUUAUGCUUCAGUUGGAUUCUCUGUCAUGCUUUCAGUUGUAUUCAUAGUUGCUAUUCAAGAUGCUGCUGGUUGGAUCGUGGGUUUCGGAAUUCCCGUAGGGUUUAUGUUCUUGUCAACUGUUCUGUUCAUUAUGGGUUCCUCUCGCUUUAUCAAAGUCAAGGCCAAUACAAGCUUGUUUUCUAGCUUUGCCCAAGUAAUUAGUGCAGCUUGGAAGAACGAACACCUUUCUUUGCCACCCAGUGAUUCUGAUAGAUGGCACCAUCACAAGGGUUCAAAGCUCGUCGUUCCGACAGAAAAACUCAGCUACCUAAACAAAGCUUGCAUAGUUAGAAAUCCUGAGAAGGAUUUAGAUAGCGAUGGAUUGGCUAUAAACCCUUGGAAUCUUUGCACAGUUAAACAAGUAGAAGAGCUAAAGGCAUUGAUAAAAGUCCUGCCCAUAUGGUCAACAGGCAUUAUGGUAGCAGUUACCUUAAGCCAACAUGCAUUUCCUGUACUUCAAGCCAAAACCAUGGACAGGCACUUCGUAGGGAAUGCCAAAAUCCCAUCAGGCUCAUAUGGUGUAUUUGCAAUUCUCACUUUAACAAUAUGGGUUGCCAUUUACGAUCGAAUUUUGGUUCCAAGAAUAGCAAAAAUCACCAAGAGACCUAGAGGACUUACCAAUAAACAAAGAAUGGGAAUUGGAUUACUACUUUCAUGCGUGUCCACUGCAGUGGCCGGAGCCGUAGAGCAUCAAAGAAGAGGAAUGGCGAUCAGAGAAGGAUUAGCAGAUAAGCCUGAAGAUAUAGUAAACAUGUCUGCGAUGUGGCUAGUGCCACAGCAUUGUCUUACUGGAUUAGCUGAGGCUUUCAAUGCAAUUGGGCAAAUAGAGUUUUAUUAUUCUCAGUUUCCUAAAACUAUGUCAAGCAUUGGAAUUGCUCUCUUCUCACUUGGUUUUGGAUUUGGAAACUUGUUAGGAAGUCUUAUUGUGGCAAUUUUGAGUGACUCUACCAAAAGAAAUGGGAAAGUGAGCUGGGUAUCAGAUAAUCUUAACAGAGGUCAUUAUGACUAUUACUAUUGGCUUCUUGCGUUUCUUAGUGUGAUUAAUUUCUUCUACUACUUACUGUGUAGUAGAGCUUAUGGAAGUGAAAACAAAAGGAUUUGGGAUGAGGGAGAGGCCAUAGAGGAAGAAGAAGACAUGGAUAAACCUAAGGAAUCUUCUACAACAUUCGAUGCCGUUUGAUAAUUUGUACAAUUUAUAAUUUUGAAUUUUUGGUUUAUAUUAAAUAAAAUUGUAUACAUUUCAUGUGUAAAGAACUAGUCGAGAGUCUUGCCUAAUUUGUUUAAGAUGAGGAAAUUAAAAUAUAAUCAAAAAAAAAGUUUGACUUCUUCAA